AUGAUUGUUCUAAAAUCUCCAGAAUUUAUAAAUGAUAUUGCAAUUAAAGUACAGCAAGAAGAAGGAGGACGUGUCACUUCUUACAAGCUUGCCCCUUUUAAUUUAUUCUACGCCUCACACAAGCUUAGAAACGAAUUUAUUGGCAAAUACAUCGAAGAUCCCAUACAUAUUGGAACUAUAUCUGAUAAAGAAUCGUUUAAGAAAUUUCUUGAAUUGAUGUACAAUAAAGAAACACAUGUUUCUAAAGAACAAUUAAUACAAAUUAUUAAAUUUGCGAAAGACUUAGAAGCAAGCAUAUUUUAUCCAUGUCUAAUUGAUGCUUGUUCCAAUAGUGGUCUCUAUUCUGAACAAAGAGAACUAGAAGAUUUAAAUGAAAAAUAUAAGAAUCAAAUUGAUCCAAAAGAUAUCAACUUAUAUGCAGAUAAUAUCAACGAUGUACUAGAAAGCAUGCCUGAAGUUAAAAGAUGCCAAGCAAUACUACAAAUGAAUUUAGAAACUUUGCAAAAAAUUGACAGAGCGAAAUUUAACUAUCCUUUGUUAGAUACGAUUUAUAAUCUACAGCAACAGCUUGAGGACAGAGCAAUUCAAGAGCAAACUGUUCAAACUCAAUUUGAAUCAAUAUCUGAAUCAGAAUCUGACACAGAAGCGAAAAUGGCAGAUGUUUACAAGGACGACUCGAAUAUUCCGAUACAGAACAAGGUAAUUCACGAAGAUGACGACUACAAUACCGUUGAAGAAAAAGAAGAUUUUCCUCCAAAGCCUCCAGCACGUAAAAAGCCCAUUUUAAACCCGAACGAGUUGAGAAAAGAGUCAGAAGAUAUUCAAAAACAUCCAAAACAGUUCGUUCAAGAUGAAAUAAUUCCAUUAGAUUAUAGUCUUGAGAGAGCUAUCAGGAAAAACAACUUAACAGAGUUCAAGGCACUUAUAAAAUUAAAUAAAAAGCAGAUUAAUGCUCAAAAUCAAAAUAAUCAGCUACAAGGUCCAAUUCAUUUGGCAGCAAUCAACGAUAGGCUGGAUAUUAUGAUUGAAAUUCUUCAGCAUCCAGAUGUAAAUGUAAAUCUCCAGGAUUCUCAGAAAAAAACGGCACUUUUCCAUGCAAUUGAAAAUAAGAGAGUACAAAUCAUAGACAGGUUGCUCAAAGACGAAAGGGUAGACUUGGAAGCUCAAAUGAAAGAUGGUAGAACGGUUAUGCAUUUAAUUGUAGAAAAAGAAGAUUUCACGACCCUCAGAAAAAUUGCAAGGAAAGGUAAUAUCGAGAAAUUGUUAGCGAUUAAGGAUAAUUUAGGAAAUUCGCCAUUCCAUUAUUGUAUUUUGAAAGGAAAAGAAAAAUCUCUUGAUGAAUUGGAAAAAAUAAUGCCUGAGUACGACGUAAACGACCAAAAUAAGGAGGGCUUGACGAUGUUGCACCUCGCUGCUGCAUUAAGAAGAACAACCCUUCUAAUUCGUCUUCUUGAAAAUCCAACGAUUGAUGUCAACAUACAAGACAACAAAUCGAAGACAGCAGCUUUCACAGCAGGUGACAACCAAAAUUUCGAGGAAUUUAAGGAGAUUGUAAAAAAGGAUGAUUAUGAUAUUGACGCAAAAAGUGAAAAAGGUUUGACACUUUUCUUAUAUUUGGUCCUCAACAAAAAGGACUACAAAUUUAUCGAAUUCCUGCUAGAAGAAAAGCCGGAUGUCAUUAAGCAGCAAGAUGAAUUAGGAAGAACUGCUUUACAUAUCAUGAUUUCAACAAAGAAUUUAGAGAUGUUCAAUACUUUUAUAGAACACCCUGGUGUUGACCAAAUUCUCAAUAUGGUUGAUAGAGAUAAAAGAACCCCGCUUCAUAUUGCAGCUAUUAACAACGAAAAUCCAGAUUACGUUGAAAGACUUGUUAAAUUCAACAAACUAGAUAAAAACGCUAGAGAUGUUACAAAUAAGACUGCAUAUGAGUAUGCAAAGACGAAGAAAAUACAAUCUAUUUUGAUGAAAUACACUAAUAUUAAUUAA